UGUCUGAAAAAGAACAUGUUUAUCGAUUGAAAGGACUUAAAAACAAGUUACGAGACUAUUCCGCCCUCACACCCACUAUUACAAAUUCUGCAAGUCAGAAUCCACAUCGACAGUCAUUUAUAACAACAAGUGGUGAAGUGUGAAGGGUUGACGGAAGUCAAUCAUGUAUCAAUAUAAACGAAUAUUGACGCCAUAAUUCAUAAUAUUGAGCAAAUGAAUGCUCUAAGAUUUUGGGGUUUCAUGCAUCAGUUCAUACAUUAUUCCACAAUAAAUCUUACUUCAUUCACUUUUUGAAUUGAUAGUCAGUCAAGGUAGGUGAUGGAACUAUUAUGAACUGAAGUUAGAUUGAUAGUGUAAAGGUACCGAAAGAACUUGGCGGCAAAAAGUAACGUUUAUUUUGAUAAAAAAGACAAUAUUAUGCAAUGACAAUUAUUUACCUUUCAUUAUCAUUUCAUUGUUUGGAAUAAUUUUGAUGUUGACAAAUUUUAUAUCGCGACACAAACAUCAACUGUCAAAAAUUUUAUACGAGUCUUGGGAAUUUAUAAUAAACUUAAAACCAUUUAUUUUUACAAUAUGGAAUAUGUUCCUAUUUUAUUGUUUCAGUGAAUUUGAAAUGCAGAAGAGUUUAAGUUUGGAAAAAGUUAAUAAUAUAGAAGCGCUAUCAAAUGCAAGGAAUAACACAAGCACUAAUAAUAAAACCGAUAUACCGAAAAGACGGUACAGGCCUUAUGGUAACAUCUUCGAACAAUAUUAUAUAACUAUAAAGCCUAAACUGUACAGAAGCAGCUCGUUGUCGGACCUAAACACGAAUACAAGCGAUAUCCAUUUCGAUUUUACUAAAUACCCUUAUCUAUCUACCCACGAAAGAAAAUUAUUAUCCAAAGCUUCAGGGGAUGCGUAUCACACUAAUAAAUUGACCCACAAUAGAUACAUGUCUUGUAAUUAUAGACGAAAGUCAAAGAAAGAAGAAAUGGCGCCAGAAACCUACGCUUCAAAGCUUGCUUCCGAUUACAUUCAUAACAUUCAAAGGAGUACUUUAGACCCAAAUCUUUCCUCCGGUGUAGAUAAUUCAAGUAUCAGCAGUGGAGACCAAUUAAAUUUUCCUAGAGGCGCAACAUUUCCUUUCAAGUCUACACCAAGCGGUAACCUGAAAGUCCAGUCAAAUCAAGUUGUAUUCCAAUCAUCUACAGUUGGUGUUUUGUUAGCUGACCCCACACAGGCAAAAGUAAAAGUGAAGUUUGAAGGUAAAACAGCUGACGACCCUGACGAUGAACUGUCGCAAAAUGAUAAUGAAAACUCUGAUCCAAGAAUACAAUGUGGUGUGAAAGAUACAAUUAAUUACCAAGCUAAGAAUAUAUUAGGCAAUGAUCGCAGCCAGAAAACUAAAGUGCCUAGUUCAAGAGAAGACAAAGGGAAAGAUCUCGUGAGUCUCGGAUACACCUCAGCGGGACCGAUAGACUGGAUGCGCGUGCAGCUGCCGAAGAAACAAGACAUGUUCCAAGAGUUCUACAGACGAAUACACAAUCACGUCAACACAGACACGAUAAUCCAUAUCGGAAACGAAGAAUUUCACUGUCAUCACAUGGUCUUGCAAGUUUACUCUACAUUUUUUGAUAUGAACACUUACAGAGAGAUUGAAUUGCCUCCCACUAGCGUGACACCAGAAGCCUUUCAAACAUUGUACGAGUGGAUGAUCUUCAAUGGUACUGAGAGCAAUAAGGUUUUGAAGAGGGAAAACAUUCUUGAUUUGUUCGGCGCUGCGCAAUAUUUGUCCAUUAAAGACUUAGAAGAUCAAUGCUGGUCCUUCAUCGUGAAUGAAGAUCUGUUUACAGAAGACACAGCUUUUGCGUUGUUCAAAGAAGCCAGAUCGAAGGGUAUUACCCCCGUUAUGGAUUUGAUGGUUCCUCGUGUGAUGCGUUUCUUUCUGCCUCUGGUGGCGUCAAAAGAUUUCCUUGAACUGGAGCCGGAGGAAGUUAUGACGUUUUUAAAGUCUAACUACAUAUCAGUUACAAGCGAGAUAGAAGUCCUCAUGGCUGGAGUCAGAUGGUUGUACGGAGACUGGCCCGCGCGCCGCCGGUUGGCUGUAGAAGUGAUGCGCUGCGUGCGUUUUGGACUCAUAUCGCCAUGGCAACUUGUCGACAUAAAACGUAACCCUGAUAACUCUGAAAUAUUGGAGAUCGUCAACGAAACCGAAGUACAACAGAUGGUGGACGACGGACUCGCCUACGUGAUCAUAAAGUAUUGGUACGGCAACAAUUCGAAGAAUUAUUAUCAUUGGAUAGACGUUCUUGGACUCUCCGAGCCCGCUGAGAGGAAUUGGAUUGGGGAAGAGAAGAACCACGUGACGUACAAAGAUUUCCUCAAAUAUUUGGAACAGUUUAUGGUACCGAGAGACCAGAUGUACCAGCAAAUGGCGAUGAUGCAACCGCCUCGAAGAAAUGAUGACUUGCCCGGUAGUUUACGCGGGAUAGACAUGGACAAAAUGGAUAUGCGGAGACCUAAAAUGGACUUUCCUCUACCGGCCACAUUAAAGGGUCUUACGGGAGAUAAGGACAAAUCAUUUCCUACUAUGAGUGAAUUCUUUGAGAGCAGAAGAAAGACGAAGGAAGGUACUCAAUCACCAUCGCCAAUUAGAUCUCCGCCAGUAGAGAUGGAAAUGCCCUUGAUAUGCGACCGUAGAAGAAGCCCUGAAAUCAAUAAGCAUCAGAAUCAUUUUGAGGAGCAAAGAAGACAAUUAGAACUACAGAAACAACAAUUACAAAACCUUCAGGCGCAGCGUCGGAAAAUUCAACAAAUCCACAUGUGCACUGUAGAGCCGGAAGCUGUCGCAACGAAGAAACAAGAUCCAAUGUUUGAUUUACCUGAAAAAGAUUCUGAUUUAAAUACAACGAACAGUGAAACCAGCAGUGGCAGUGCUGAUACUAGUGUAACAGAGAAGAAUCAAUACCCUGUAAAAACAGAAGAAAGAAGGCAUAGUGUAGCGGCUUCGUAUUUGGCAGCUGCCACAGCCGCUUUGGCGGAAUGUCAAAGAUCACCGCAAGCAUCGUCAGCGCCUCGUCCCCAAACGACGAGCAACGCGUCCCGCGCGGAGCCGGCCCCGCGCGCUCCAGCCCCCAUGUCACAGAACAAUUUCCACAGCCCCAGGAUAUCGCUCUUCAAUCAGUCGAAGGAGUCACUGGCCAGAAUGAACAUGAAUAAGUUGUCCACAUCCAUUCUCGGGCCGUCGAAUAAGAAGUAUAUAGCGGAGGGUUCAUUGUUCAAUUGGGAUCGCGAGACUGUAUUAGUGUUUGGUGGUAUCGACCCACACACAGAUUAUGGAGUAGGGCGGAACACUGGCAAAGAUAUAUACAGAUUCGAUCCGGUCACGAACGUGUGGGAGUACGUGGGGGAUCUUCCCGAGCCGAGACAUCACCACUCCGUCGCGUUUCUUAGAGGAAGAGUAUAUUUAGUUGGGGGUGCCGAUCCUCGAGAAGACGACGUGCGCGGAAAAUCGGUAGUGGUAUCCACGGUUUGGAGUUAUGAACCAGUCACCAGAUCGUGGUACAGCGAAUCUGGACUAGCAAUUCCAAGGAAGAACUUUGGAUUAGUUGUUCACAAGAUGGCGCUAUACGCAAUCGGUGGACAAGACAAGAAGGGCAAGGUAUUACGAUCAGUAGAGAGGUUUGACCCGAAAUCUGGUUCGUGGAGCGAGGUGAGAUCGAUGGGCGUCGCGCGCAUGGCGGUCGCGUGCGCCAAGUACCGCGACUACAUCUGGGUGGCGGGCGGCAUGACCGGCGAGAAAAGACGGCCUGUCUGCAAGAUCGUUGAGUGCUACAACUCUAAAACUAACGAAUGGACCGAAAUACACAGUUUACGUUUCCCGAGGUGUUUCGCCACGUUGUUCGCUAUGAACGACAAGUUAUACAUUAUCGGUGGCGCCGGUAAAGUAUCCGAGAAGGAGAAGACAGCAAGCAGCGUGGGAGCAAUAGACGCGUGGGACUGGAAAGACCGUCAGUGGAAGCUUGAGACAGAGAUGUCGAUGCCGCGGCACGGGCAUGCGCUGGCGUAUCUUGGAACACAGCUUAUCAUCAUUGGUGGUGUAACCACGAUAUACAUGCGUGCAUUGAACAACGUAGAGUCCUUCUGCUGCGAGCGAGGAGCUUGGAUCCGAGGAGUCGCCACGCUGCCUUCACCACUCUCAGGGCACGGUGCUGUCACUUUACCCCCGGCUUCCCUCAUGUAACAGGAUGUUUAGUUCACAAUAUCAUCAACUAGACUCUUCUCUGUGGAGGAAAGGAAUUUGGAUAAACAAGCUCCAAAUAGAUUACCGAAAACUGAAUAUAAAGUUUUUAAAUUAUUAUAAUUCGUAGUAUUUUAAAUGAUAAGUAAAGAUAUGUAAACGUUGUAGUUUAUAAAUUUUUGAUGUCAUGUUAAAGAAAGUAAAUUGUGGUGUACAUGUAUUGUCUGUUGUUAGAGUUCUUUGUGCUUAAUUCUUUAUUCGUGUGAAAAAAGUAUUGGAAAAUUGCAUUAAUGUAAAUAUUUGUAUAAUUUAUCAAAAGAUAAAAAUAAAGUUGUACGUCAGAA